CCAGGCCUCGAGGCCUGCCCCCACUGUACUGUGAGGCCUAGAGGACCUGGGCUGGGGACGCCAUCGGCGCUCAGAGGUCUGAAUCUCGUCUUGAGCCUGUUUUAGGGCCACGCAUAACGAAUGGGAAACUGCAAAGGCCCUGGGCAGUGGCGGGCAGCCUCGGGCUGGAGCCCAGCCACCGGGUGCGGGAGGGAGACGGGGAGGCUCCUCUCCACUCACACACACCUUUCCCCGGCCUCAGGAGCGGGCCGCGCGCGAGCCGCCGCCAUGACCGUGGCCAACAUCAACGAGCUGCCCGAGAACAUCCUGCUGGAGCUGUUCACCCACAUCCCCGCCCGCCAGCUGCUGCUGCGCUGCCGCCUCGUCUGCAGCCUCUGGCGAGACCUCAUCGACCUGGUGACCCUCUGGAAGCGCAAGUGCCUUCGGGAAGGCUUCAUCACCAAGGACUGGGACCAGCCUGUGGCUGACUGGAAGAUCUUCUACUUCCUGCGCAGCCUCCGAAGGAACCUCCUUCACAACCCCUGUGCUGAAGAGGGCUUUGAGUUCUGGAGCCUGGAUGUGAACGGAGGUGAUGAAUGGAAGGUGGAGGAUCUCUCCAAAGACCAGCGGAAGGAAUUCCCCAAUGACCAGGUCAAGAAAUACUUCGUGACUUCCUAUUACACCUGCCUCAAGUCCCAGGUGGUGGACCUCAAGGCUGAAGGGUAUUGGGAGGAGCUGAUGGACACCACCCGGCCAGACAUCGAGGUCAAGGACUGGUUCGCAGCCAGGCCAGACUGCGGGUCCAAGUACCAGCUGUGUGUCCAGCUCCUGUCGUCAGCCCACGCACCACUGGGAACCUUCCAGCCAGACCCAGUGACGAUCCAGCAGAAGAGCGAUGCCAAGUGGAGGGAGGUUUCACACACGUUCUCCAAUUACCCUCCCGGCGUCCGCUACAUCUGGUUUCAGCACGGAGGCGUGGACACUCACUACUGGGCCGGCUGGUACGGUCCAAGAGUCACCAACAGCAGCAUUGUCAUCGGGCCCCCGCUGCCCUGAUGCCCCCUGAGCCCCUAUCCUCGGAGCCCUGAUUUGGUAAACAGUCAGAAAGGCCAGGCUUGGGAAGGGGAGGCGGAAGUCAGGCCCUCCCAGACCUCACUGUCAGCUCUUGCCCCCCAGCUGCCUCCUCUGUGUGGAGCCUCUAGGGUCUGGGCCACCCUGCUCUCUCCAGACGCCUCCAGCAAGCUCGGCCCACGAAGAGGUACAGCGCCUAAGGCUAGGUGGAUACAAGACGUUUCCAUACUUAUCAGAGAGAGGACCCAAGCUCGGAUGCUUGCCCAGACCCGUCUCUACCCCCGACCCCACCACCUUCCUCCUUGUUCUCCUUCAGGGUCUUAGAGCAGGAACAGACAAGGUAUCUGACAGGACUGCAGAUCUGGGAUAGAAGGCUCUGCUGGCCAGUCCUUACUCAGCCCGCGUGUCAGCUGUUGUAUGCUCUCUCUGCUUUGGCCUACAAGUCAGGCCUGGUACCAGAUAGGCAGGUCGGACCAGAUUGUCCUUGUCAUCGGCAAAACCCCGAAAGGCAGGACGGGUGGGUACCAAAGAGUGCAGGGCUCCACAGAGGAUGAGCCCCAGCUUCUGAGAGCUGGGAUGGGGAAACAGGAGAAGGCUGUUCUCUGUGGCUUGGAGGUGUCUGAGCCCUGUACGAGCUUCCAUCACACACCACCCCAUGACCCCAGCACCACAACUUCCCUCUUACUGCACAGCCAAAUAAAAUGUUUCCCAGCC